AUGGCCGAAACCGCGAGCAACGCCGAUUCGAACCAGAAACUAGGCGCCCCUAAGGACAAGAAUUGUCCUUACUGUGGUCAGGCCUUCACCUCGUCCUCUCUCGGUCGACACCUCGAUCUAUACAUCAAGGAGAAGAACCCCAAGCCUCCCGAUGGCGUUCACGACGUUGAGGCCAUAAAGCGCUUGAGAGGGGGCAUCACGAGGAGACAGCCAAGGGGCUCGCUGCCCAGUACUAGUAGGAACGUAUCCACCCCGGCGAGUACACCGAGGGCCGCACCUCCAAAGCGCGAACCCGUCUCCAACGAAACCGAAUCACACAAGUCUCCUCCUUUGCCCAAGGAUGGCCAGUAUGCUGUGGACUCGACUUUGAGCAAAUACCCCUGGACCCCUUCUUGGGAGGCUACGGGCGUCAUGAACAACAUUCCCCCGAAUGGCGAAACGGCCAACUCCACAGACGGAGAGGGUAGCCAGAACGCCGGGAGGAGACAGAGACAAGUGAGCAAGCAGAUGCAAAAGGCAAACUUCGACCAGAAGCAAAAGAUGGCCGACAUCUACGACAACGCUCGGGCUGCAGAGCUUGCCUUUAGAGAGCUCUACAGCUCGCUGAGAGCUGCCAAACAAAACAUCGACAAUAGCUCCAUGCCUUUUGACUUUGAUCCUCUUGCUCUGGACUUUCCGGCAUUAACUCUGCAGUGUCUCGCCCCGCCUCCGACACUAUUUUCUUCCACUCAACAUCCCACAUCGACCUCCUGGUCAGUACAGUCACCCGGCCAAAGGGAGUACGAUGCGUUGCGCGCCCAUUUCCAAAAGGAGUUUAGUAACUGGAAGGUUACAUGCGCAACGGCCACCACGGCCGUGAUAGAAGAACUGACAUAUCCUCCCCGCGAUGGUCCGUUCCGAGAUGGCCGUGAGGCUGUCAAGAAGGCCGAGAAAUCUGCCGAGCAUCUCGAGACGCAGGUCAACGAACAUUUGCAGUCGGCUUUUGCCGUUUGGAACUCUCUGCCCGUUCAGCGGCGCCACGAGCUGUGGCAGCUGGAGUUAGCCAGGAGUGUCGGGAGGAAACAGACCGAAAUCAGCAAGAUGAAGGACCAACAACACAAAUUGGAGCAGGAGAACGCCCAUUUGAAAUCCCAAAUCGACCAGCUGAACCGUCUUCAACAGCCGCGGGAAUUCAAGCUGUUCGCCCCGACUCUCAUCCCAUUCGAUCGUCAACUGAUGGCACACGUGUUGGAAACGGGCGUAAAGGGUGGCGCACGCGGCGUCGGGCUGCGGCUUGAGGAUAGGCACCUGGAUAUGAACGACGUGGUGUCGCAGAGCAUCGAGCGGUGGAAGAACGUUAUCCAAUCAGCCCGCGUGGCUAGCUCUGGCAUGAACGCCCAGCGGCCUUUGGAUCAAACAGGAAGCAAAACGCCAACCCCGACCCCGACUCCUCACCAGCAACAACAACAACAGCAGCAGAACCAGCAACAAUCACAGCAGCAGACUCAGCCAUCGCAACCGCAGCAGCAACAGCAGCAGCAGGUUCAGCAGCAACAACAACAGCAGCAGCAACAGCAACAGGUGCAGCAGCAAAUGCAACAGCAGGUUCAGCAGCAACCCAUGCCCGUUCAGCGACAGUCGACGACAAGCACCAAUGGCAACAGCGAUCAGGGUGCGUCAACGAGCGGCCCGCCCUCGAUCGAUGAGAAUAGCGACCAGGAUGCGGAUGCGGAUGCCGACGCCGACGCAGAAAUGGAGGACGAUGACAGUUUCGCCGUGAUGAAUACGCCAACCGCGAAACCCAUGCCGCAGCAGCCGGUACAAAGGCAGGCUACACUCGAUGUGCCUCGGUCAAGACCGGUGCAGAGAGGCGCGAGUGAUGCGCGGUUCAUGGCGCAAAACGCAAAUGCGAAUGCGAACCGGGGCGCAAUCAACAUGAGCCGGUCAAUGCCCAACAUGCAGGCAACGAUGCAGGCCAUGCACGGCGGCGACAUGGGAAUGGUCAUGUCCCAGGUACGGGGCGAUCCAAUGUAUAUGGAUUGA